GGAAGGCAGGACAGGAGCAGCGACCCAGUGCAGGGCGUGGCAGGUCCAGUGGGUCUCCAGUCAGGGAAGGUGGGCGAAAAGAGGGCUGGACCUCGGGAGCGUAGCCACCCACUCUCUGCCGCCUCUUUCUCUAGAAAAGGAGCGUGGUUCGGGCUACGGGGCUGACCACCGCACCACCCGCGAGGCCGCAGCCGAGUCCGAAGCGCCGCCUUCGGCGAGCCAUAGAGGGCGGUGGGACCGACACACUUCAGCAGGGCGAGCUCGAGGCGCUCUAGGCGUCCGCGGUGGACCGCGCGGAGCGCGGCUUCCUGCCUUUCGCCUGCCUCCGCGGGUAGGAGCCGCGGAAAACCUGGAGGGAGCUGAGCGCACGCGGAACACCGCGCUGGACGCGCGCCUCGGCGCGGAAGAGAGACAAUGGGUUUUGCCACAAGAAGAUGGUUCUACCUACCACUGGGCUGCAUGAUGUUGAUCAAUCUGAUGAAUGCUGAUUUUGAAUUUCAAAAGGGGGUGCUUGCCAGCAUCAGCCCAGGCAUCAUGAAAGAUAUUGAUUUCCAGUGCUGGAAUGCUUGCUCUUUGAUGUUGAUAGAUCUCAAGGAACUCAAGAUACAGCACAAUGUGGAUGCUUUCUGGAAUUUCAUGUUGUUCUUGCAAAAAUCCCAAUGGCCUAGACAUUAUAAUGUCUUCUUAAGCAUAGCUCAGGAUUUCUGGGACAUGUAUGUAGACUGCUUGCUUUCACGAUCUCAUGGAAUGGGAAGAAGACAGGUGAUACCUCCCAAGUAUAAUUUUCCACAGAAGGUAACAGGAGGUAAUUUGAAUGUGUAUUUAAGAGAACAACAGGUUUAUUAUUUUAAAAAAUAAGUAUUUAAUCCUUAUUUGCCAACAAGCUAACAAAUUUGCCCAAUUUUUUCUA